AUGAACCCAGCAAUUCUAAUAAAAAGGGAAGAACAACCAGAUAAGAGUAAUAACAGUGACGGUUCGACAUUGUCUUACUUAUACAAUCUAUUCCAUCAACAUUAUAUAAUAUUAAUCAUAUUAGUCUUAACAGGUUUAAUAAUUUUUUACUACAGAUUCAAAAUCAUAGCAUAUCACGACAGAUGGAGAACAAGAAGAAGAAUCCAACAAGGUUACUACUCCAAUUUGAACAUUGGUGACGAAAUAAGUGAAGAUGAAAUAGAUUCUGAGUUUAAUUUGGACAACGAGUCAUUCACAAACGAUAUAGAACAAGGUUUGAACUCAUCAAACUUCGACGUAGCUAACACGAACCUAGAAGAUGGUCGAAAAGGUUUAUCACCAAGGGGUAAGCGGUACAUCAAAAAAUUAAUGGAGAUGGAUAAGAAUUUAACUUUUGAUGAUGCUAGAUUGAUUUUUUUACAGAAUGAGUUAAACAAGAAUAAUAUUGGGAAUGAUGGGUUACCUAAUGAUCCUAGAUUGGUUACUUUUUAG